GAUGCGUUGUUUUCCGAGACGAAAGCAAAACAUUGAAUCACCAAAAUUUUACAGAAUCACCACACUUGGCUUCCUGCAUUCACGAUGGCUGUUAACAUGUACGGUGCGAUGCAAAAUCAUCCACCGCCGAAUCCAAAUCCCACUGACCUGAUGGCUAUCAAAGAUAUUUAUCCCGGAUUGAAGAACAUCAACGUAAUCUUUAUAAUUUUGGAGAUCGGCCCCGUGACUCUCACGAAGGAAAACCGCGAGGUGCGCACGUUUAAGGUGGCGGACCAAAGCGCGGCCAUAAAUGUGUCCAUUUGGGACGAACCGGGGAAACAGCUGGUGCCGGGAGACAUCGUACGGCUAACGAAAGGUUAUGCCUCUAUCUGGCGCCAGUGUCUGACGCUGUACUCGGGCAAAAAUGGCGAAAUUGUUCGGCUGGGUGAUUUUUGCUACACCUUCAAUGAAAUGGUCAAUAUGAGCGAACCAAACCCUAACUUGAGCGCCCCUUUACCGCAACCGAUUCUCAACAACGGCGGUGGUCCGAACAGUGGCAAUAACAAUAAUAAUGGCACAGGGAAACCCUUAAGUGCUUCCAAACCGGUAGCGAACAGUAGUCCUCUGCAUCCGGGUGGUGGUGGAGGAGGAGGAGGAGCUUCAUCGACGAAGCCACACACGGCGACGACGCGAUAUUCGGUGGCCGCUGCCGCUGCAGCUGCCGCAGCAUCUCCGCCAAGCACAAUGAAACCAUCUCCAAAAAAUGCCCCACGUACGGGGCGCAAUAGUCAAGCAAAAAGCUCAGCCGUAAAGAGUGAUCGGAGAUAACAGUUAGCCGAUGCGCUUUGUGCACCACUUAUCGCUAAUGAUAGUUUUAGUCCACAUUCUAAUGGAGAAUAUUGAACAGAAACCAGAAUCACAGCUUACCGACGUCCCGCUCGCGCAGCGAAUCAGUGUAUUCUCCUCUCCCAGCAAACGAUGGUGAUCAUUCCUGUGUAGCCAAUUCUAAGCUAAACAAUUUCGAUCCGUCGUUUGUAUCAUCGAUUAAAAUAAAUGAAAAUUAGUUUUAUCUCACCGCCAUGAAGGUUAUUUCUGAGACGUACUGUAA